CGUCAUUGUUUGUGCUGCUGGUAGGAUACUAGUUUGUCUUUCAAAACAAUAUGGUCCAAAUUCUCAGACAGGUUAGAAAUGUAACGAACUAACUUGCUUUGUUUGUACUAGCUAGUUUUCUCAUGUGAACUGCAUUCUUUAGAUGUAGCUAGCUUAUGAAAAUAAUGAUUUAGUUUGCCUAAAACAAAAGCGGCUUGCUAGCUGAUUAACUUUCUACCGAACCGGUUUAACUAUAGUAACGUUAGCGAGUUGUAGAUUGUACGGAACUGUAUGGCUAGCUAGGUGCUUGGCUUUAGCUAUUAAGAAAAGCAACGACAGCUACAAAAGUUGUACUUUGACUGGUAAAUUCCGUUGUCUUGACAUGGAAAACAACGCGAGGUAGCAUUGCAGAGAACGGCUCGACGUUGGACUAAACCUAAGUCACCCCUGUGGACCUGUAUGUGUGAUGAUCCCACAAGCCAGGUGUGUGAUGGGUUCCUGGCAGCCAGUUGCUAAUCUAAGGGACUAUGUUGCCCAGCAUCCUCCUGGGGUCACCUUCUUCCUCUGUGUGCUGACCCUUGCCCUCACCUUCCUAAGCCUCGGGUUAUACACGCACACACACCGCCUGCCAAAUCCAGAUACGCAGGACUGGAACCACUUCCUGUCGUCGUUGGCCAACCUCCAGUUGUGUGCGAGAGCCAAUGGUACAGCAAUGGAGAUGGUUUCCUCUCCUCCAUUUGCGAAAGAGGAGGUAUGUGGAACAGUAUUGCUGAACUCCACCCAGAGCCCACCAUCCAUCACACAGUUGUCCCUUUGGGUGCCACUGGCCGUGAUGGACAGCUCAAACAUCCAAUCCCUGAGCGACCUUUGCCUCCAUGGAACGUUAUUGGCCAGUCAGCUGGGACUCACAGGUAACGAGGCUGUAAAUGUGACACUGAUGUUCUCCUCUCCAUCUGUGGGGGGCAACUCGCACGCCUGCCUUAGCGUUAGCGCACCUACACACAUCCUACCUCCAGUCCUGCUGCCACCUGUGUGCCCUGCCAAUGAAGGGACAUCCUCUCCUGUCAGAGCGAUUGCAAUGGAGAUAAGCAGCCAGAAGCCCUCAGCGUCACAGUCUUGCUACAGUCUACAGUACACACCUGAUCCUACACUCACCGCCAUGCUAACGCAGAAGGAGCUGGGUCUGGCGAGUAGGCAUCUGAUCCAGGUGAGUGUGUGUCUGCUGGGGGUGUGUGUGCUGCUAUGCUUCUCCGCCAGUCUCACACACUCACACGUACGGCGUUACCACAGCAACGGCCUGGAACUGCAAAGGGAGCCACUGAUUGACUCCUGAACCAGUCUCCACCACAGCAUGCAGCUAGAGAAGGAAGAAGGAAGGAGGAUGAUUCAAAUAAAGGACUCUUUCUGAGAGGCUUCUGCUGUUGGGGUCAGAGUUUGAUGGAUCAUCUCAUUUCAAACUGCAUAGCUGCUGUUGUUGAUCUCAACCCAUGCUCUGUCCACAAACAUUGCCCUCUGGUAGACUUCUGAUGUUCUACUCUGUCAUGUUAUGACUGCAGGGUGAAUGGGCACGUUAUUAAAUAUUUACAUUUUAUUUAAACACGUUGCCACAUCCUAAAGUGGUUUUAAUCUGGUCGGGCCUCUUGGCACUUCCAUCCAUCUGAGCCGCCUGCAGCUGUUCAUCCCAGUCCAGCUCCUCUGGAGCGUCCUCCCCACCACUGCCCAUCUUCUGCAGCAGGCUGAAAAACCAUCUAUUCAUCCUGCACCUUGAUUCCAGUACUGUCUUCCCUCUCUUAUCACGUCUACAAAGUUCACUUGUGGUGCAAACUUGUGUUGAAUCUUGCACAGUUUAUUAGUUUAAUGAAUUACAGCACUUUUUGUACAUAGUCCCCCCCAUUUUAGGGGACCAGAAGUAUUGGGACAAAUUAACUUAUGUACUAAAGUAGUCAAGUUUAGUAUUUGGUCCCAAAUUCCUAGCAUGCAAUGAUUACAUCAAGCUUGUUAUUUUAUGUCCAAUAGAAAACAAUGGUAAAUCAUGUAUUGUCAUUUGAGUCACUUAUGGUAAAAAAAGAGUAAGAAUAUGUUUCUAAACACUUCUACAUUAAUGUGGAUGCUACCAUGAUUACAGAUAGUCUUGAAUGAAUUGUGAAUAUCAUACCCCCCCACAAAACAUGCUAACCUCUCACCAUUACAAUAACAAUAAACCUGUUGGAUGCAUUUGUGGUUUUUGUUGCAUUUCAGUGAGAGGUUAGCAUGUCUUGGGGGUAUGAUAUUUUGUGCGCAAAAUAAUCUGAAAUGCAACAAAAACCACAAAUGCAUCCAACGGGUUUCUAGAGUCACAAGCUUGAUAUAAUCAUUGCGUGCUAGGAAUAUGGGACCAAAUACUAAACUUUUGACUACUUUAAUACACAUAUACAGUAAGUGAAUUUGACCCAAUACUUUUGGUCCCUAAAAUGGGAAAAUGCACAAAAAGUGCUGUAAUUUCCAAAUGGUUCACCUGAUAUGGAGAAUACCCUCAAAUUAAAGCUGACAGUCUGCCAUUUAACAUCAGUCAUUGUAUUAUUUCAAUUUCAAACUGCUUGAGUACAUAGCCAAAACAAAUAAUUCACUGUUCCAAUACUUUUGAAGCUCACUGUAGAUGCAGAUCUAUCACAAAAUGGUUGGUUUAUGUCAAUGGAAUACUGGAAGAUGUAGGAUUCCAUCAUACAGACAUCAUGACCAUAAUGGGUCUGUAGUACUGGACUGAGACCCUGCCAACCUGAUCAUAUUGUUGACCAUGUGGCUAUUGAUCCAUGGAUGGGAUCCCAGCAGUAGAGGUUAACCAUUAUUUUCACCCUAGCUCUUCAAGGGUAGUCACAUAGGGGCCGAUUCAGACUUAGGGAAGGAAUGCCCUUUUCACAUUUUGAUUUAUGCACUUCAGUAUUUGGUAUUCAGACUUAACUCAUGCACAGUUUGUGGUUGUAGCUCUCUUGCAUGCACUGAAUAAAUAUAAUUCAAUACCGGAAAACACACCCACUGGGUGGCCAAUCAACUUGAUCAGUUAAAUAUUUUAUUCUGUUAAUUUAUCUAAAGCAGUCCCUUUAAUUUGUACCUGUUUAAUUUCAAUUUGAUUGGCACAACAGAAUAACCUAUGGAGAAUGCUUUCAGAAUGGAGAUCAAUGAAAGAUAGCCAUUCAAAUGUAUGGAUAUUUAUCUCCUUUUUCAGAACCCAUGCUUAGUUUUCAAAACACUGAUAUUUCACAAUGUAUGUUUAGGGAAGUUUUCACCAGCCCUGAGCUACUUCAGUCAAUACUAGUGGCUAAUAUUUAACAUGACAGACAUAGUAGGAAACAGAGAAAGUUGGUGCAAAUAAUUAAAACAUUUGAGAGUGCCCAAAGGUUAAAUUUGGUGUGACUGUCAUUGUGCAAUGCUUUACAUCGUCAUCAUAUGCUCUAGGCUGCAGGACCCAUUUGGUUACGUCUCCAAGUUUAAUCACUGCAAGGUAAAAGGCCAUACAAUAAAACAAAUAAUGCACAAGGGCACAACAUUUUAUUCUUCACUGUGGGAAAGGGGUGGAAAUGCUUGUUAUGUUGAUAUGCUUUUUGCAUAUUAAACAUUCUAGUUUUGAAUACUGA